AUGAGCAAAUAUUAUAUCUUGAUAGAGCUGAUGAACGAUAAAAAGAAUACUAACUCUAGUUGUGAUAUUUUCUCUUUCUAUUUAAAUUUCAGCGAUAACCCUUUCUCAAGCUUUCGUUUGAAAUCGCGUCUCCUAUAUGGUAUAUUCUCCUGUUUUCUCCUUUUUUAUUCCUUAAAAGACCUGAUAGGGGUAUUCAAACAAAAGUAUUUAUAUUUGUCUAUUCUUCUUUUAUGGCUUCUUGUUCUCCUGUUCUGUCUUGCAAAAGGCUUGUCACACAAUCUCAGGGCUGAUUCCUUCCUUCAAUAUCCACUGUGA